CCAAUCCUCCCCCGACCUUCUGCCAUUGGCGAGACAUUCGCUUUCCUUCAUGUCGCUGCUGGGCCUGCACAUUCGCAAUGAAUGGCUAUGAAGCUAAAGGCCUCAAUGAGGAUGCCUUUGGGGACAAGGGUAAACUGUCAGGGCUAAAGACCUUCGACGCUUUCCCUAAAACCAAAGCAUCCUAUACAACACCCACCACCCGCGGCGGCCAAUGGACCGUUCUAAUUCUCGCCAUCUGCACGCUCUUCAGCUUCUACGAGCUCAAGACCUGGUGGCACGGCACAGAACAACAUAAUUUCAGUGUGGAAAAGGGUGUCUCACACCAACUCCAGCUCAACCUCGACAUAGUCGUCCACAUGCCUUGCGACACCCUACGCGUCAACAUCCAAGACGCCGCCGGCGACCGCAUCCUCGCAGGCGAACUCCUCCAGCGCGAAGAAACCUCGUGGAAUCUGUGGAUGCAGAAGCGCAACUACGGAUCGCACGAGUACCAGACGCUCAGCCAUGAGGAGGCUGAUCGGUUGAGCGCGCAGGAGGAGGAUGCACAUGUACACCAUGUUAUGGGUGAAGUGCGGCGCAAUCCGAGGCGCAAGUUCGCGAAGGGCCCUCGGAUGCGAUGGGGGGAGAAGUCGGAUGCUUGUCGGAUUUAUGGGAGUUUGGAGGGGAACAAGGUGCAAGGGGAUUUCCAUAUCACGGCGCGUGGACACGGAUAUCGGGAAUUGGGGGAGCAUUUGUCGCAUGAGACAUUCAACUUCUCCCACAUGAUCACUGAGCUCUCCUUCGGCCCACAUUACCCAAGCCUCCAAAACCCCCUCGACAAAACCAUCGCCGAAAGCGAGAUCCAUUACCACAAAUUCCAAUACUUCCUCUCCGUCGUCCCAACCCUCUACACAAAAGGCCGCUCCGCCUUCAACGCCUACACCCUCAACCCUUCCUCCCUCGAAGUCCGCCAAACCCGUAAUGCAGUCUUCACAAACCAGUACGCGGCAACCAGCCAGUCCGGUCCAAUCCCCGAAUCCCCUUACCUGGUUCCGGGUAUCUUUUUCAAGUAUAACAUUGAGCCGAUCUUGUUGCUGGUCAGCGAGGAGCGGACGGGGUUCUUGAAUUUGAUGAUUCGGUUGAUCAAUACUGUUUCUGGGGUGCUCGUUACUGGAGGUUGGCUUUAUCAGAUUUCCGGUUGGGUGGGUGAGAUUUUGGGGAGAAGGAGGAGGCAGACUGAGGGUGUUUUGACGGGGAAGCAUUAUUCGGAUUGAUAGGAGUUCUAUCUUUUGGAUUUGUUUGAAUUUUGAUGUCUUUUUUUCUCUUACUUCUAUUGCAUUGUACUGAGUAUAGGAAUUCAUUGCAUUCGUCUUUCCUGUUGAGUAGAACUACUGUCUGCGUAUGCCGAUUGCGAGUUUGUUAUCAUUGUCAUGAGAACAGAGCACCAUCUUGAGGUUUGCUCGGUCUAUUGUACCAAUAUAUGAGAUCAUGUCUCUGGUGAAGCAGCAUAGACAAGGCCAACCUAUAUAGAUCCCUGCCAAAAGGUUGUAUUGAUAAAAUAAUUCGUGGUAUAUAUAACAUGAAUACGCCUCCACCCUGUCAACCCAUACUUCAUACCCACCCGUUCCAUGAAAGACACAGACUACACAAUACACAACGAAGCCUCAAACCUCAAAGAUCUGUCCCAAAGCCAAACCAGGACCCUCAGCCCCGGCCCGGCUAUCAACCAGGUCCAGACGCCAGCCCUGCCAGUCCCGAAGCUUACGCUUAAUCUCACGCACCCACUCCACCCGCUUGCGUGCCUCUUCCUCGGCUUGGGCACGCGCAAACUCUGCCUCGUCGAAUUCAUCUUCCAGGUUUUCUUCGGACAGGAGCUCGAGACUACCGCGGGUGGCGGGGUGCGGUGGGUUCGAUGAACCGGCGCGAGCACGGUUCCCACCCGUGAAAGCGGCAAAGCCACUAGACAACACAUCGGACAGGGACGAGUGCUGCUGUUGCAGUGCCAUACUUCUCCGGCGGGCGUGAUCGGGUCGACCACCGACUAGAUCGACAUCGUCAAAGGCGUUUGCCGCAGCAUCGCCUCCAGACUCGGGUCCCUCGUCAGGAUAUUGCUGGCCAGCCAACUCCGAGCGCUUGUCUUGCCAAACACCACGACGCAGAUCAAAGUUCUCGCCUUCCAAUUCGCGAAUACGGCGCUCAAGACGCUGGCGCUCUUCAUCUUCAAGUUCGUCGAGGGCCUCGUCAUCUGUGCCACCGGCAUCACGCUUGCGCGUGCGAUCACGCUCUUCGCGAAGUCGAAGGUUCUCAUUUUCAAUGCUGGCGAGCUUCUUCCGUAGCACUGCGGUUUCUUUCUCUGCCUUUUCGCUCUCGCGCAGCCGGGUUUGGUGCCGAGAUUCUGAUUCUUUGUGCAGGUUGCUCAGUGCCACGAGUUUCUUGUCCAGAGUCUCGAUCUUCUUUUCUCCUUCAACCUUUUCAUUCUUUAGCUCUUCCACUUCGCGCUGCAGCGAUUUGAUCAGGGUUUCGGUAGAUGUCUUGUCCACGCCUUCCUUGACGGCUUUCUCUGAUGCGCGGGUAAGGGCUUGUUUUGUGUCAUUGAGUUCACGCUGUAACUUCUCAAUAGCGGCCUGGCUCUCCGAUAGCUUCUCUUCAAGGGCAGUCACCUGGGCCUCAUGCGCGCUGUUCGAAGAUUGCUGCAACGUCACCUGGGCGCGCAGGUUCGAGAUCUCUAGUUCCAUAGCCUCAAUAGUGGCGGAUUUGGACUCUAAUUGGCAGACAAGAUCUGCUGGUGGUGAUUUUGACGUCCCAGGCACGGAAGCACUAGCAUUAUUGCGGUGUGACCUGGACUGGAGCUGUGAGUUUUGCCGUUGUAGAGAGGCAAUCUCCUCG